UCAAAGACAGAUCAUUACCGACAAAAAUAAUGCAGAAAAUCUUCAAUAUAUAAUGCAAACUUCAGGCAAAUCACUAUGAAAAAUUAUUAGUUACUGUAGAAAACAGCUACCAACAUGCAUGACGAUAUAGACCUCGACGAGAACUGUGAUCCCAACAAUCCUCGAAAAAUCAGAUAUGACGACAUCUUGGCCGCGUCGCGCCGCAUCAUGGGCUCUGUCAUACGCACGCCCUGCACGAAAGCUCACAUGUCCGAAAAACUUGGAAUGGAAAUAUACCUGAAACAGGAAUUUUUACAAUAUACCGGAUGUUUCAAGGAACGUGGUGUCCGGAAUACUUUGAUGUUGCUGACUGAGGAACAAAAAAAAUAUGGCGUGAUAGCCGCCUCAAGUGGGAACCACGCCAUUGCGAUGAGCUACCACGCCACGCAGCUCGGCGUGCCCUUCGUCGUCGUGAUACCGGCCAACGCGGCCGUCAACAAAAUCAACAAAUGUGAAAAACUCGGCGCUAAGGUCAUCAUGCAUGGAGCAAACAUUUUCGAAGCCCGGUUACAUGCUAUGGGAAUAAGCAAAGAGAAAAAGAUGCUAUACGUUAAUGGUUACGAUCACCCAAAUGUAAUCGAAGGGCAGGGCUCUAUUGGAAUAGAGAUAAUAGAACAGCUCCCAUCGGUAGACGCCAUAUUGGUCCCAGUGGGCGGCGGAAGUCUCAUCACUGGCAUCGCCAUAGCAGCAAAGCAUUUGAAACCAGAUACAGAAAUUUACGGUAUUACAACAGACAAGACAUGCUCAAUGGUAGAAGCACUCCGUAAGAAUGAAAGAAUCAAGUUGGAAAUAGAUACUACAAUAGCAGAUGGACUGGCGGUUAAUAUGGUCGGAGUAAAUACUUUCUACAAUCUAAAAGGAGUAGUAGAUAAAAUGAUCGUGGUCAAAGAAGACUGGGUGGCUCGUGCUAUCUUGCAUCUCAUUGAAGACGAGCGAUACUUGGUGGAAGGCGCGGGGGCGGUUCCAGUAGCAGCUAUUAUGGCUGGCUUAUUCCCAAACCUCAAAGGAAAGAAAGUGGUGUGCGUGUUGUCUGGGGGCAACAUCGGCACCACGGUGCUGUCGCGCGCGCUGGAGCGCGGCAUGGCGGCCGAGGGCCGGCUGGUGAAGUUCAAGGUGACCGUCAACGACCGGCCCGGCGGCAUGGCCGACCUGUGCGCGCUGCUGGCCGGCAUCGGCGUCACGGUGCGCGACUGCAUCCCGGAGCGGGCGUGGGUCAAAGGAGACGUGUUCAGCGUGGAGAUAAGAGUGAUAUGCGAAACCAGAGGCUGGGAUCACACUAAGGAGAUAAUGGAGCAGAUAAAGAAGCACUUCAAGGAAUACUUCUUCCAAGACAUGAGUGAAAGAACAGACAAAAACGCCGGCACGCGUCGCGGGCCCUGCCUCGCACCCAACCCCGUCUGCAUGCAGAAAUGAACCCUAUUGUACAGUUUAAUGCAACAAGCAAUAUUAGGCACGGUAAUAUAAUAGCUGUAGCGGCAGCGCCAAGUUCGUUCUAUCAAAUAGUGGUGUGCAUCCUCAACAUCAACACUACGUCUGAAGAUCCUGGGCCGCUAACUGGAGCGAGGGCUGGCGCUGAAACAGCAGCUGGCGAAAUUCAAAGUGCUGUGAGCGGCUGACCCAGUGGCAUCGCAGAUACGUUUGAAAAAGAAAAUGAGCAAUUUUUGUAGUGAUAUACCAUACCUUAAGGCCGGGUAGCAGAGAAAAUGGCGAAAAUGAGGUUUUCAUUUUUCAUUUUUGAGGUACUAAACAGUAAAAUUAAAGGCUAAGAUUUUUAUUGGGCAUAGUUGAGGAUAUUUUCUAGGGCUAUUAACGGAUGGAAACACGAUUUGAUGAAGUUGACUCGAUAGAAUAUAUUCCCAAAGUUACCUCUAUUCGUUUUCUAUUUAUGGUUUUAUUUUUAAAAUAAGCGAUUUGAGAUUCUAAAUCUUUUACUAAACUAAAGUUCAGAAAUAACUUGAGGGCUUUUAACGGAUGAAAUUUUUAUAUUGCGUCUUAUUUAGUUACUAUGUUAAAAAAUGUGGAAAAAAUCGUCCAUGACGGCUUGGACAAUCUCAAUCAGUCGCGCGGUGGCGCUUACGGAGGACGGACGCGUGUCAGUUUUUUGGCCGUGACAGUUCGCGAUUUGUCAAUAUUUUUGACAAUGAUGACUUUGAUGAGUCACAGUAUAAUAAUAUCAGUGUUACUGGAGAAAGCUUAAAUUUUUGAUAAUUAAGAAUUAUCAAUUUUGUCUAUCUAUUGAAAUUUAAAUCGUUCGCAUCCUUUAAAACGAAGACUCUACUCAUGAUACAUAGUACAUUCCUCAAAUAUGAGACAAAACCAAUGAGUUAAAAUUACAUUUUAAUAGUACCUACAUACAAUCGUCUUACACUCUUUAGAAGAGCACACUGACACAAAUAAAUAAUAAAAAAUACUGUCUAAGGUCUGUAGCUAAAGUCUAAGCUGUAAGAUAGAAGAAUCUUCUAGCCAAAAAGAUGGCAGAUGCAGCAGAUGUCAACGGAUUUAAAACUGGAGUUCAUAUGACUCCUUGUAGACUUGAGUCUCUAGAGCGUCCCUUCCUCCACCAUGCGUAAGAAUUUUC